GACUAGCUAUUCUCCAAACCAAGUUACGCUAGUUGAACAACUUAUCUGUAGCAGGGAACAGCGCAGCGGCAGAAAAAAAAAUGUUACGCUCGUUCGUUACCUGACUGGCGAGGUUGAGUUUACAGAGACAACAGCCACAGGAGAGGGAGAGAGAGGAGGAACAUGGAAUGAAGAAAAUUACAUUAAACAAAAAACACAAUGAGAUUGGAAUUACCGUGUCUUAAACCAACCGGAGAAGGUACACGCGUUCCCUCCCUUCGUUCAAUGUGUGUUUGUUUUUGACCAAUAGGUGUAGCGCUGUUGUGUUAGCCCGUCUGUCCAACCAACCGCUCCACCAGGUGUAUCAGACCGCUGGGAAUGACUGCACCUUCACAACCUCACCAGGAGUGGGCCCUGGAGGACGACGCCCACAUCAAUCACACAGCCAGGAGCUAGGAGCACCUUCCUUCCUUUAGCUAGGAGCACCUUCCUUCCUUUAGCUUGGAUAGCCUUUCUUAGUUAGCUAGUGUGAGUCCAGUCCUAGGUUUAGAUGCAGCUUUGAUGCUGGUGGUGAUUUAGAGAGAGCGAGACCCACAGAAGAGGAUGGCUCAUCAGUUCACCUGAUCUCUACUCUCACUGUUGCUAUCUUGAUUAGUAGUUAUCAGCCGUAGGCCUCAUAAAGAGUAUAUUCACACUCACACAUUCAGUACUAGCCCUACACUGUGUGGUGACUUGGCUCCCUCCACCUCUCCAUUCCCCUCCACGCCCCCCUGCCGGUCUGGUGGAUGUUUUGGCGGCUCUGAGGACUGCAUGGCAGUGGCGUAAUCGUGGAGAGGCCAGGGUACCACAAACUUAUGGACUUUGACAAGAGAGGAGGAGGAAAGGGGGAGGCAGAGGAAGGGAAGAGGAUGUCAAAGACGGGAGGGAGCCGGUCGGGGCAUGGCAGUCGCAGCUCGGGGAGCAACUCCGGGGUGCUCAUGGUGGGCCCUAACUUUCGGGUCGGGAAGAAGAUUGGUUGUGGGAACUUUGGAGAGCUACGCCUGGGGAAGAACCUGUACACUAAUGAAUAUGUGGCUAUCAAACUGGAGGCCAUCAAGUCCCGGGCCCCACAGCUCCACCUGGAGUACAGGUUCUAUAAACAGCUGGGGAGUUCAGAGGGCGUCCCCCAGGUAUUCUACUUCGGGCCCUGUGGGAAGUAUAAUGCCAUGGUUCUGGAGCUGCUGGGACCCAGUCUGGAAGACCUGUUUGAUCUGUGUGACAGAACCUUCUCCCUCAAGACCGUCCUCAUGAUCGCUAUUCAGCUGAUCACGCGGAUGGAGUUUGUCCACACCAGGAGUCUGAUCUACCGGGACGUGAAGCCAGAGAACUUCCUGGUUGGCCGGCCCGGCAGCAAGCGGCAGCACACAAUCCACAUCAUAGACUUCGGCCUGGCCAAAGAGUACAUCGACCCUGAGACCAAGAAACACAUCCCUUACAGGGAGCACAAGAGCCUGACGGGCACCGCACGUUACAUGAGCAUCAAUACUCACCUGGGCAAAGAACAAAGCAGGAGAGAUGACCUGGAAGCUCUAGGUCACAUGUUCAUGUACUUCCUGCGAGGCAGUCUGCCCUGGCAAGGCCUGAAGGCAGACACUCUGAAGGAGCGCUAUCAGAAGAUAGGUGACACCAAGAGAGCCACGCCCAUCGAGGUGCUGUGUGAGAGCUUCCCAGAAGAGAUGGCCACCUACCUGCGUUAUGUGCGGCGCCUGGAUUUCUUUGAGAAGCCGGACUACGACUACUUACGCAAACUCUUCACCGACCUCUUCGAUAGGAACGGCUACGUCUUUGAUUACGAGUACGACUGGGUCGGCAAGCCACUGCCCACUCCUAUUGGUCCAGUCCCCAGUGAGCCCCUUCUACAGUCCAGCAGCAGAGACAAGGCAGCGCAGCAGACCAAAAACCAGAUUGCCACUGACAAUUCCACCAGACCCACCAACCGAAGCCAGUCUCAUAACAGCAGCACCAGACCCACCAACCGAAGCCAGUCUCAUAGCAGCAGCUUGUUCAGUCUCAGCUCACACCAGUGGCUUCUACAGCCGCUUGUGUUUCUUCAUGUCACACGAGUAGUCUUCUGUCAUGCACUCCUCCUCACGUGCACUCUUUUCUUCCCCCGUCACCGCACCGUCCCUCAGGUCUGUCUGUCCUCCGGUAGAGCAGUGUCUAAGUAGCUGCCUAACUGCUGACCGGGAGAGAGAUUCUUUAAACACUGUUUUUCUGUUUCUUUCCUCCUCCACCAUCUCCUCCCUCUACUUCCUCCCUCACCAUCUCCUCCCUCACCAUCUCCUCCCUCUACUUCCUCCCUCACCAUCUCCUCCCUCUACUUCCUCCUUCACCGUCUCCUCCCUCUACUUCCUCCUUUGCUGUCGUGCCAGUCGCCAGAACCCAAAGGAAGUGAUUCCCAGCCCACUCCAGUGACCAAUAGGGAGCUGCUGGGGUCCCAUCUAACAGCUGAUAGGCUGGGGGGCUCUGUCCAGGUACUGGGCUGUGGGCGUCGCCCCGCAAUGUUCAACAC